GAUUAUAUAACUGGUAACAUAGAAAAGGCAAGUUAAUUUAGUUUAGCAGCUGAACAGUUACCUAAGAGCAUAAUAUGCUCCAUUAUACAUUGUCAAAGUAAAAUUAUGGACAGGUUGUUGUACUUUUAUCUUUCUAUAAUUGCUUGAGGGGUUAUUUUUUAUGCUUGGGUUGUUAAGGUAACUGACCAGCUGUAAUAUUACAUCCCUAUUAAUAUUUAGCAAUUGAGUCAGUAGUUUUACACAUAUUUCAACCUACAGCUAUUGAGUUGGUAAUGUUACACGUUUAACACUUAGCUAUUCUGCCAGUAUUGUUACAUCUCCAUUAACAUGUAGCAUUUAGCUAUUGUGUCAGUAAUGUUGCACAUCUUUUAACAUUUACCUAUUGACAAUGAGCCAGUAAUAUUUCACAUCCAUUAACCUUUAGCUAUUGAGUUAAUAUUGUUACACAUCCAUUAACAUUUAACAUUUGGGUAGCUUGUGCUAAAACCAAAGACGCCGUGUUUUUGAAGCUGAUAUCAAGGCAAAAGGCAGCAAUUCUGAGGAGGAUUCUUGAACUCUACUUAAUACCCAUUAUGCUUUGUCCCAUAUAGGUGAAGAAACCCUUAUAUUUAGCAGCUAGUGGACACUUGCAUGUGUUUUAAAUGAUCAGUGCCAGAACCCUGGAUUUCAAAUUCUAGAAUGUUUAAUCCACAAAAGAAAAGCACGCUAGGGGGCAGCAGAUCUCCACACAGAACUACACAUAGCUGAUUUGGUAUUUGCACUGUCAAUUGAAUAUGCAUUUUUUUUUACAUCUAUUAAUAAUAUGAAAAACAUAAUUCUACAUGCUUGACGUCUGAUUUUUUUUCUUUAAAACUCCAUCAAUGAGGUCAAAAUUAUACAAUGGACACUUUUACUUUUUAUUUCAGUAUUGCUGAGGUGGAAGGACAUGGAUCAAAGAGUAAAUUAGAAAAAAUAAUAGCAUUUUACGGUUCCAGCUGGAAACAGCUUGAAGUAUGCAUUUUACAUGACUGCCUACCCCUCCCUCUUACCUGUCCUUCACCACUCCCCCUGUGCACACUGUCACAAGCUGCCCCUCCCUCUUCCCCCGAGCCGUUUCUUCAUGAGAGGUAUGAAGGGAGGUUAGCACGACAUUCUUUGGCACAGCAACGCCUGUGACUUCAUUCUCCGGACAUGUAUGGGCUUAACAUGGAGUAUUUCUGUUGUAUUUCUCCAGUGGCUUUUGUUUAAAGACAAAACAGCUGAAACCUGUGAGGAUGCCUUCGGUCUGUCUCAUUUCAGGUAGUGAAACUGCUGGUUGAGUGCGUCUCUGCGCAGGUUCUCCGGCAUUAGGAAGGGGAACGUAGACAAGCCAGGAUAAAAUUUCAGUUUCAGGAGUCACUCUAACCUUGAAAAUGCUUUCUGGGAUCAGCAGAGCCAAAGCAGCAUGUCUGUCAGGUGCUGUGAUCAUUCUUUUAAAGGAGAUGAAUGUUGCCAUUGUCGCUGAUCUAUCAAUGAUCUAUCCGCGAUCUAACUGUGAUCUCCUACCUUAAAUGUUCACUGUUCCUCAAAUUAUUGUCUAAUUAUUGUCUAAUUAUAGGUCUAAUUCAACAAAUGAGUCACCAUUUUUAAUUUUAAUAAAAUUCGACAUGUGAGUCAUACAUAUCUUCCAGAGCUCAGAAAUGUUUUUGUUUAUUUUUUUUUAUUUCCCUUUGAAACGUAGCACCUUUUCUACGCCACAGGUGGCAAGAAGUUUGGUGCAAUGUGGCCUGCAAACCUGACCAGUGAUAUGCCUGGAUUUCACCUUGCAAAACAAAGGAGAAAUUCUCUGAAAAAUUCCCCAAAACACCUUACACACUUCAGGCUACAUUUUAGCACACUUCAGGUUUACCUUAGGCUAUUUUUGUGAAAGUACAUUAUGAGUGUGAGAGUAGUGUGUAGUUUCAGUAAUUGUUGUUAUAAGUUCCGAGUGAUGAAAUUCCUACACCCUUUUCAAUAACAAAACAAUGUUGUUGUUUUUUUUUUUGAAAGCAGGUGAAGAAUCCUUUUUUCCCAAGUAAAUGAGAAAAUGUUAACCUUUCCCCACCUGCCUUUUUGGGAGCUGAAAAAAUAGCAUUUAUAAAAACUUGUACACUUUUGUGGCGCUUAUCUCAUGUCUCCUGAAGGGGAUACUAUAACCAAGCAGUACACAUACAUACGUAUUUCAUUAUAAAAAGUUGACUUGUUACUGUAAGCCCAUCGCUUUUUUAAUAACCCAAACUAGUAAAAAAUUUAAUUUGUGAGAUGAACUUUGCAGACUUGUGCAGGUUAAAUUUCACCAUGAAAGCAUUCCAACGAACUAUAUCUGAGCCAUGUAGCUGAUAGUGGCUUAAAUUUAUUUCUCUUCCUACCCACAGUGAAGAAAUCUCCAAGGGAACUUUCUGAGCUCUGGAAGAUACGUGUAACUCACAUGCCAAAUUUCAUCAAAAUGAAAAAUGGGUUAUGAAAAAACACCUUUUGGAACUUCAUUGAAUUAAAAUGGAAUGACUCAAGAAUUAUUCAGAGAUUAUGUGCUUGGUGUCAUGAUCAAGUCCUUCUAAAUCCUGCGAAACAGGUUAAAGGCAAGAAGAGAGAUUAGUUAGAACGGCUUUUUGUCUGGGUCCUGAAGUUCAGUAGAAGUGGAUCUGAUGGACAGAUAAGCUGGGACUAGCUGACGUGGAGAGAACAUGGGAUGGGAGCUGGCAAAUCAGAUUCCCAGUAUAGCACCGUGAGGCUGUAUAUGACUCCUCCAUACUUGUAUCAGAGCCCUAGGAGCCUCAUUAGGAACUCUGUACCCCAAUAUCAUGAGAGCUCUGACAGUGUGCUUGCUUUGGACGGGAAGGGGCAAUGUCGCAUGUACACCUUCUGCAGGACUUCCAACACCACUGUCAGCUGCUGGCCGCCAAGGACAAUGCCGGCUACUGCUUGGAGUUUGAGCGGCUGUCUGAUGUGGGCAGUGAGUUCAGCACCAGGGUUGGAUACCUGGCUGCCAAUAGGGAGAAGAACCGAUAUCCUCACAUCCUGCCCUACGAUCACUGUCGAGUGAAGCUGGCGCAGCAGAACUCGCACCUUGACUACAUCAACGCCAGCUAUGUGUCUGGGGGCACCUCCGAGCGAGACUUCAUCUGCACUCAGGGCCCACUGCGCAGCACGCAAGCCGACUUCUGGCGCAUGGUUUGGGAACAGAACGUGCCCGUGAUCGUCAUGGUGACUGACUGUCUGGAGAACGACAGGGUGCUGUGUGAGCAGUACUGGCCCCAGGACUGUGCCUCCCAGUACGGCAGGGUGAAGGUGACCCCGCUGUUCCAGCGCCACUGUAAAAACUUCACCAGCACCAUCCUCCAAUUAUCCCAGGCAGGCUGCCCCACAGAGAGGAAGAUCACCCACUACUACUACCGGGCCUGGCCAGACCGGGGAGUCCCCCAGGACCGGGCAGCCCUGUGUGCCUUCACGCUGCAGGUCCGGCAGCACCUCGACAGUGAACCGCACACUGGCCCGGCCGUGGUCCACUGCAGCGCUGGUGUGGGCCGGUCCGGCACGUUCGUGGCUCUGCUCUGGUUACUCCAGCUGUGCUCCCGCAACAUCUGGCCGGAUGUGAGGGGGGUGGUGCACAACCUGCGGAGACACCGAAUGAUGAUGGUGCAAAGCCUGGAACAGUACAUAUUUAUCCAUACCUGUCUCCUCCACUGGAUGUCCGAGGACGUGACCAGGAAUGGGACGAGAAGGGGGCAGACCAGCCGCAGAACACAUGAGGACAGGGAGACCCCACAACUGUGCCAGGGCAGGAGGCCGGAUAGGCAGCGAUCGGGGCCACGGGACAGAGGGACGGUCAUCCACAGGCUGCUGCCCGCCCCCCUGCUGCGGAGGCUACAGCCGGGGAUCUCGGCUCCAUGGUGGCGGUAGAGCGGCUGCAGGUCCCACCUCGCUCUGCCGACAUGGGGCUACAAAGCAGAUGAACCGCCGGAAAUCUGCCAUCUAAAAUCACAUUCUUUCCCAAAGAUAAUGGGAUCAUUUUAUAACCAGUUGGAUAUGAGAACCGCAGAAUUCAUGGAAUAUGAAAGACUACGACAUUUCAUGGUGGCCCAGAUGCUGGACACUGACAGCUAAGUUCGAGACCACAAUAACACGCAAAACAAUGCAUUUAUGUGACAAAGAAAACUGAAAAUUAAAAUUAUUAAUUUAUAGCA